CAGAAGUGAUACAAGUGAGGUGUGAUUAAUGUGACAGAAUUUCUAGCUCGAUUCAGGUGUUUUAGAGAGGCUGUUCCAAGUUUCACGAGAGUAGAAAUCACUUAAACUUGUUACUUGACUGAUCAGACUUAAGAACGUCCUAGCUGUUGCUUGAUGUUGCCAAAUUGAACGUAUGAAAGAGCUGUUAAUUUGCCCGUAUUCAUGAGAUGCAACAAAGUUUACUGUUGGCGAAUGCUUACAGAAUGAGUGACAAGUGAAAUAAUGACGUGAGUUAAUAAUUUUCUGAAAUUGUAAGAAAAGUGUGAAGUGUUAUAUAACCAUAAAAGCGGUUGGUGUCAUAAUAAAUAUGAGAGAAGAGGGGAUAAAGAAACUAGUUGGAUAACUCAACGUGGAUAUUAACUGCAAAUUGCUUUUGGAAGAAAGAAAAAUAGGGGAUUAAAACAGUCUGCAGCCAUGAACUGAACUAAUUUAUGAAAUCAUAGGAAGUUAUGAUUUGUUCUAUUUUAUAAUAAUGCUGUUUGAGAAAGCUGACAGAUUCUUGCGAAGCAUAAUUUCUUCAAGACGCUCAGAACCAAACCUGGGUGUUGGUGGAGGGAGCAGGGUCAGUAAGUCAGCGGAUGCUGAAAUGGGGCGCAUGUGCCGGCAGUGGUGCCAAGCGGCACAACCCUCGUGCCGUACGCUGUCACACUCGUCGGGUGGAACUGCUACAGCCAGGACACUCACUCACAGCACGACGCCUUGCGCACCUUCCGUCUUUCUAACCGUAGUACAUCAUGUUUUGGAUCUUAAGAAGAACACGGCUGACCAGUGCUGCAGCUUUCUUUAACGCAAUUAACAACAAUAAUCAGAGCAGCAACAAUGCCACAGGUUCGAGUCGGGGAACAAGGAAAGGGUACAACAAGCUGGCGGGGGAGGAGUCCGAAGUGAAUAACGUCAAUUGCACUGCGCCACAGUGCGUCGUGCAGGAGUCAUCAGGACCUGGACAUGGUCCUGGCCCCGGUGGUCCUGACUCAUCAGACACGGACUCCAACUGCACCGACCUCGAACUGGAGGAAGAGCUGUCAGACGACUCGGAUUACGAUGAGGCGCUUACAUGUAAUGUAUGUGAUCGCUCAUUUGGCAGCCCUCGACAACUAGCACACCAUCAACAGAAGAAACGGCAUUUUGGAUGUUCAGCAUGUGACAGCCUGUUUCCCUCACUAAUGGCUCUUGAGCAUCACAAAGAAGAAUUCGAACAUUGGUCUGGUGACGAGAGUAUUGGCAACACAGAAUCUGGUGAUGAGACAAGUGAUGAUACAGUGACGAGUGAAGAGCUGGAAAGGCUUCUAUAACUUAACAACCAAAAUUUGAUCUGUAGUUGGAAUAAGUAACCUACAUCAACUGCAGAGUAUAGACAUAUUAUAAAUUAAAUAUAUUUUUAUAUCUAUGCAAGAAGGAUGUUUACUUUUAAAAUAAAGUAACCUUCAACAUAUUUAUACCCCAAGAAUUAGAGCUGUAAAAGUUCAGAGAUUAAGCCACCAAUGGAAAUGAAGAGAGAACUAAAGGGUAAAUUUCUAGUUAUCUUUGAUUUUAAACUUUCAUAUUCCAAUGUCAGCAAAACAGAAUUCCUUUAACCAGAACUUUUUCUAAGAACUGCGACAAUGUAAUAUUCUGUAAAUAGACAUUUUUAUUUAUUUCAUUCUAUUUGUUGUAACCAUGUGACAUCUACACAAUACAUACACAGGUGGCCCUGUCAAAUACACAACAGUGACCCCCUGUUCUUAUAUAAUUUAACAGAAGUGCAAAAACUGACAUACACAUUAUCUGUUACUUAUAUACACAACUGAAGGUUACUGUCUUCUAUAAUGUGAUAAAUCAGAGUGUAAGAUGUAAGCAGCAGGUUCUCCCAGAACAUCAGUAAAUAUCCAGAAGAUUAUAGCACAUCACACCCAAGCAGACACUAAUCCUUAUAGUUACCUUCAUGAUAAACUCAAAUCUCACAACGCUAGGGCUACUGUAUCAUAUAAAUGUUUCUGGUCUAACAGUAAAUUGAAUUUAUACCCUUGCUCUCACCUAAGUGUCCUGAUCCUCAUUAAUAUGAAUGACUCAAAACAAAUGACUGAAAAAUAAUGUAUGUUUUCUGUACUUAAAAAGUGAUCUCUUUAGUCUGAAAGACUUAAGGCUGGUGCUGUAAGAAAAGGAGCACAAUUCAAAUGCUAAUCAGGAGUAACUGGAACUUACAGGCACCAUCCAGAGAAGAAUGCAUAUAUAUAUAAUAAACAUAAUAUGUACUCAGUGCACUGAAGUAAUUUACCAACUGGCACAAGUUUUUUUUUUUUCCAUACUUGACCUCUUCAGAAGCAAACAUUUUAACAAGAAGUUGUGGUAAGAACUAGUCACCUACUUUCCUGUGAAAUGACAUGGACCAUACAGAAAACAUCUCCAGCAAUUCUUUGUUCUCACUGGAAUGUGUUUACCGAGUCACUGCCUAGCACCUAUAAGGGGUAUACACAUACAUACACACAGACUGAUGUGGGCUUAGGUUCCAUGAUACACAUACCAAGUUUCAGAAAAAUUGGUUCAGGCAUUCAAAAAGUGAUUGUUCCCAUAUUUCCCUCUAAUCUGUUUAAACUCUGAAUUGUCAUCCAGUCUGUGGAACAUGGUUGGAGAAAUCUGUAUAAUUCUGCACACUUUUUGUUUCCAACAAAAUAUUAGGUUCAUAAUUUUCAGGUGAUACUGAAAAGGGUCUACAGAUACUCAAACACAACUUCCAUAUUCCUGUAAUCAUGUACUAAAUUGUGUCUGAGAAUCAGUGCUGGGAAACAGUGGAAAAUAUGACAGGUCUCCUCUAUUUUUGCUGUAAAAUAGUUGUAUUUUAGCUCAAACAAUAGAAGAGAAGAAAACUUGUAUGAAGUUUCUUGCAGAGGCACUUCAAGAAACAUGUUAUAUCAUCAAAGGCAGAUUGAAUCCAACCAUUCUUCAUUUUCUGACUCCAGAUAUUUUCCAUUUUACUUUUAAAAAUAGUUUAAUUCUUUACCUAAUUUCUAAAAACACUGCAAGAUACUCUUGACAGUUUGCCCUCUCCUUUCUCAUAAGCACCAUCUCAUACAGCAUCAGUUGAAACAAUGGCAGAUAUGGGAUAAUUAAACUUUAUUACUUGAUUCCUGAUGUAUAAUAUAGUAACAAUGUCUAUCAUAUCAUUUAUGAAAUUCCCUUCUCAGGAGACUUCCUGCUCAAUAAUUCUUUCAUAACAUACACAGACUAUUGUCCAUAUAAACACCAGCUACAUAUCCUACAGAAUAGUGAUGAUUUCUAUGCCGACUUCUUCACCCACUAGUUUUUACAUUUAGAGAUCACACACCUGUCAGCUUUCAAAUGUCUUGAGAGUAUUAUUUUACUCCCUGAAAAAACAAUAACAAUUUGGUUCUUUCCAUUAACAUCACGAAUCACAUGCAAAAUAAUGGAGUAAAACCAAAACUGCUCACAGACUUUUCUCAAUUGGCCUGAUAAGUUUACUGAAUCAUCACUAAUUCUGCAUUGAACUAUAAUCCUUGAUAAACAUACGUAUGUCCUCAGAUAGAGAUAUUCAUUUAGGACCCAUCUCUUAAUGAACCAUUAAUAAACACUUUUCAUAAGAUCACCAUCUGUAAAUAAGUACCUUGUAGGCCUACAUGUAUUCCCCUGCCUAAUACAGAAACUUUCUCUCACAGAGGCCCCAUUCUGCAAUAUUUGCAUUCUUGGAUUAGAUACGAGCAGACGGGAUACUUUCAGAGAUCUAAAUCUGGUUAUGUCAUUUUAAGUUACCCAGUGUUGUUGUUGCAUUGUCAUUACCACUGUCAUUAAUAACGUUUGCUGCGCGUGGACGUAAUUCCGUUCCAGCCAUUUUCACUCGUUGAGACUAACCUUAUUUCCUCUGGUGACGUUAAUACUGCUUUGAUGACUUGAUGGGUGGGGUUCUGGUAGGCAAUGAAAUUCCUUCUCGGGGUCGUUAUACGGGCCUUGGGUCAUGAGGAGACAAAGGGUAAUAAUGUUACGCCGACACACAUUACAUUUACUCACUGUUUAAUAUUAUCAUAUGUUGAAACACGUCUGUCCGUAGGAACGACCGAAUGAGAACUCUCCUAGAAGCUUGGACUAUAUAGUUGAGUUUUGUGACAUAAAUUCCCCCACCCUCGCAGAUAUAUUCCAUCAUUGCUUCUGAUUCGAUCAUUCAAAAGGAAGGCGGUAUUACAAGUUUAAACCCUCCAAUACCCUUCUUAAAAAUUACACCUUUGAAACCGCUGGUCCAGCGAUAUUCUCAACGAUUCUUGAGACCUCGCUAGACUGCAGCUGCAAAGUGUAACAUUACAGACGCUAUGCGGCAUCUUUUACUCAUAAGAUAUAUAUAUUUGCUUCACGUAACAGCGACACUAUGGCACCACUAUUACGUGCCACAGGGAUAUAAGUGUCAGUUGUUUAUAAGCUGCUUACUCCAAGUCUUGCUCUUAAUAUUUCAAUUUAAGCACUAAAUUAAAUUGGACGACUUCACUGUGUUGUCCACAUGCUAGUCUUUUUCACCAGUUGUCAGUCAGUGGUUCUGCUGUUGUUCGCACACAAUUUAUAUCUGCCAGUUUGCAGUUAGUCACUGGGUCUUCUAUCAUUCACAUGCUGGUCUUGGACACCAGUUCCCAGUCAUUCAACAAAUCUAUUCUAUGCAUACUAGUCUUUUUCACUGACUCCAGUAUUGGUUGGUGUAGUUGACAUUAGGAUUUUAAAUUAGGCAAGAAUCUACUAUUUAAUUUAUAUUACUAAGAAAUGACUGACAAAAUUUAAUCAUAUGACUAACUGUAAAGUUUAUAUAUAGCACAGCCUAAUGGUUUCUAUAUGCAUGACCUGGUUUAACAUACUAGAAUUCUGCAUUCUGCCCACACAGUGUGUUUGUGGGUUUCAUAUGGUUCUCA